GCCUAUUUUGCUCAAGGAAGAGGCGCAGGCGCCAAGCCUAAUCUGAAAAAUGAGAACAACUUCCGCAUCAACGGUGUCCAGAACACUUCCACUAGUGUCCCAGUUUGGCUGCAGUUACUGAGUUGUGAUAUGAUAGCUUCGGAUCUGGUACCUAAUGACUCAGUAUACACUCUUCCGUGGGACGAAGAUAUUGGAACCCUGAUAAUCCCCCAGGUCGCCCUCUCCGCUGUCAUCAGAAGUGCAGGAAUUAGCAGUUAUAAUCAUGUCAAUCCCGUCAUGCGUAAUACCGUGACUACUAGUGUUACUGAUGUACCAUCCCCGAUGACCGAACAUGGACUCAAUACGCCGUUAGUAUACUUAAUUUCACUAGCACCUACACCGCGGGUUACGCCGGCGAUACCUGGUGAUAUUCGCAGUCCCUUGCAUCCUUCCGUCGUCGAUCCUCAGAUUACCCAGAAUGACAACAGCGCCUCCACAAACUUGCAGACGCGUCUCACUUGACCUCGGUAGCCAUCAUGAUUCAUGCCUUCGAUCGCAACGAGGUCACACAGCUUUCAUGCCGCAGAUAUUUGAUCACAACGAGAGGCCGCUGGAAUGCGUGCCACCCAACGAAUCAAAUCCUACUCGUAUACGACGGUAUGGUUCCCUGAACUACUGAAUUAUAA